UCCUUCCUUAGACGGGCUGAAGGAUUGUCGCACGACGCCAUGAUGCGCAAUGGAGGGGCUCGCGAAAUCUUUAGCGGGGCACAUACCCUAUGCUGUAGAUAGGAUAGCGCACGGGUAGCAUGCAGGGUCACGGCAUGGUCCGACAUGUCGUGAGAUCAUCAUUUGCCGAGGCUGCUGCUCGUGGCGCUCUGAAACGCUGACUUUCCUGCUCACUCCUACUCUCAUUCUCAUUGACAGCGUGGUUGACUGACAAGACAAUACCGCCAACAUGUCAUUAUCUUCAUUCAAGAACCCAGCGACAUACCAUCUACUCAGCUAUGGCACCCUCCUGGGCUCAACGCUCUUCCAGUCCUUCGUCUCAGGCAUCGUAGCCUUCCGCGUCCUUCCUCGUCCUCAAUUCUCCACGCUCCAAAAGCACACCUUCCCAGUCUACUUCACAUUACAAACCCUCACUCCCGUCGUAAUGCUGCUUACUUACCCGCGCGGCGGAGCGUCAUCCUUGCUACCAUUCCUCUCUUCCUCGCCUAUCCCACCGACAGCAACCGAUAACCUGAGUUCCUGGUUGCACACCACCAUGUUUCUUACGGCGUUGGUCAACUGGGUCUACGUUGGACCCAAGACAACGGAAGUCAUGGGUCUGAGGAAACACCAGGAGACGAGGGAUGGGAAGAAGAGCUACGAUGCUGGGCCACAUAGUAAGGAGAUGCAGGCUCUGAACAAGCAGUUCGGCAUUCUGCACGGAGUCAGCAGUCUGGUCAACAUGGUGGGACUGGGAGCUAUGAUCUGGUACGGUGCAGUGCUAGCUGAUGGGCUGAGCUUGUAAGGCCUUGACUAUACAUACUGGACGAACUGGUCUUGAACGAGACAACGAUGUAAAUAAGAAGCAUGUUUGUUGGUCUAGCAACGCGGCUACGCUAUCGCGGCAAGCGUGUGC